AUGCCAGCCAUCACACCGCGCUUCACUCCCGCAAAGGACACACCUCACUGCCAACAGAGCAAUGUCGGCGAAGUGCUCGGCGUUACAGGCGCUUUCAUGGCGGCAGCGACCAUCACCAUGGUCCUACGAUCCUACGUCCGCAUACACAUGCUGAAGUUCUUCGGGCCAGAUGACUGGAUGAUGCUUGCAGCGGUCCUCAUGGCCAUCGCAACGUUCAUCUGUUUCGUCGGCGAGACCACGCAUGGUGUCGGCCGGCACGCUGACUGUAUCCCACUGCCGGAGGUGGAAGGGAUCAUGAAGUGGCAGUUUUACCACAAUCUAUGGAACAUGUUUGGAGUUGUCUUCGUGAAGAUCUCCAUUGCACUGUUUUUGAUUCGACUGGCGCCGAAGAAGGCAUGGAAGUGGUUCCUCUGGGGUUGUAUCGUCUUCCUCACAGCCUUCUGCCUCGCCUGCGCCGGCACCCUCAUCUUCUCCUGCGUCCCCGUCUCAGCAGCAUGGAACUUCGCCGAGCAAGCGACCGCCAAAUGCUUCAGCAACGACACCUUCUCGUCCAUCGGCCUCUUCAACUCCAUCAUAAAUAUAGCCACCGACUUCCUCUUCGCCCUCAUCCCGAUCCCCAUCAUCUACAAGCUCCAAGUCAACACGCGCACGAAAGUCACCCUUGCCGUCAUCCUGUCCCUCGGACUCGUCGCGUGCGCCUCAGCGAUCGUCAAAGCACAUCUCCAGACCACCUUCCUCACGGACCAAGACCGCUUCUGGCACGACGGCUUCAUGGUCUGGAACAUGAUCGAGCUGUGUCUUGGUGUCCUCGCCGCCUCACUCCCAGCGCUCAAGCCGCUCUUCAACGCCUUCUUCCAGAGCACCAAGACCGCGCUCGGCUUGUCUGGCUCACGAUCGAAAGCUUCCGGUCACGGCCCUGCAGGCAUCGUUGGCAGCAACGGCUACAAGCGCUACGGCAGCUCAAGAGAUGUUGAUGACAUGAUGGGGCAUAAUGUCGCGUUUCAUGAGAUGAAGAGUCCCCGUUCGACGCUGACGAGUAAGAAUGAUAUUGAGGUGACGAGGGAGAUUGAGGUGGAUGUUGAUACGUAUCCGAUUCGGGGCAAGGAGUCGCAGGGAUGGGAGCAGCCGUGGCGACAGGGGAGGUACUCGUGA